UGCUGGAAGCGGCCGCAACGCCAUGUUGGCGAAGUCUCUCAUCUCUGUGAGGAAAAAAUGAUAGAAAAAAUACGCGCCGAGAAGAAAAGGUAGAUCGCCAACGGGGAUAGAAGAUCGUGGCGAUUAUUUAUUUUUGAAAUAAACGGAACCGAGCCGGAUCCGCGGAGGUUCCGGACGGACGAGGGAGGCUAAACCUCCCACCGUCCCCAUGAAUAGCACCGCUGAUCCGAACAGCGACUUUCCAUGAAAAAAAGACGUUUGUGUUGCUAUUCGAGCUUCGUUAUACCAGUUCGUUAAAGGGAUUUGGGGCCUGCUUCAAAAAUCUGCUACGCUUGCUCUAUGUAUGCAAGCUAGGCGUUGUUUGUAUCAGUAUUUAUUAAGGUGUUGUUUUUAUUUGUUGAUUUUUUGCGAUGAGUUUACCACCGAAAGUGGUCCCCAAAACCGCCGCUGUCGCAGUUAGCGGACCUGGAAGUGGCCCCUCUCCGUCGAGCCAACUGCGGGCUACCCUGACCUCCGUGUCUCUGCCGCCGGGAGCCCCAACAGCUCCUCAACCCGGUGCUGUACCGCCACCUCAAAUCCCUCGGGUUCAGCCAUCUCUGGACGACCGGAUCUUCCCAACACAGCCCGGAGUCGCUGCAGUCUACAGUGUGAGUCCCUGCACACAGCCCCUCUCCCAAACCUAUCAACCGAGCGCCACAGACAUUGCUGUAUUUUUGAGGCAGAGCGCCCAACUGAAGUUCAGUGCAGGAGAAAACCACCAGUUUCCUCCUAAGAACAUUGUAACCUUUAUGAAGGUACCCAGGCACGCUGGCCCUCCUUACACUGCUCAUGACAUCACAAAGGGACACCCUAACUUGGCGGGCACACCACCCGGUCAUGCCCACUCCCCAGCACUCACUCAGGUAUCCCUACCCACAGCUUCCCAAUAUCGCUACCCCAAGGGCUGGGAGGCAGGCGGAGGGUCUCCAUACAACCCUGGACAGAAUGCUGGUUCCGCCCCUCUAGUGUAUUCUCCCCAGACGCAGCCAAUGAAUGCACAGCCACAAAGUCGCCCGUUUGCCACGGGCCCUCGACCAACCCACCAUCAGGGAGGAUUCAGGCCCAUCCAGUUUUUCCAGAGGACUCAGAUGCAGACUGCGAGGCCCACCAUCCCUACAAACACUCCCUCCAUACGGCCCGGCUCACAGACGCCUACAGCGGCUGUCUACCCCACCAACCAACCCAUCAUGAUGACCAUGGCACCCAUGCCUUUCCCCUCCCCACAGGCUGCUCAGUACUACAUCCCACAGUAUCGCCACAGUACGCCCUAUGUGGGACCCCCUCAGCAGUAUUCUGUACAGCCUCCGGGGUCCGGAACCUUCUAUCCUGGGCCGGGGCCAGGGGAGUACCCUUCCCCAUAUCACCCCCUCAGGUACCACCCGCCUGUCUCACCCUCGGUUCCUGCUCCCGUCCCCACAGCUGGUCCCCAGUACUACCCUGGACAGCCUGUGUACCCCCCCUCACCCCCCAUCAUAGUGCCUACACCACAGCAACCUCCACCAACCAAGCGUGAGAAGAAAACAUCCUCCCAGAUCCGUAUCCGUGACCCCAACCAGGGCGGCAGGGACAUCACAGACGAGAUCAUGGCAGGGGGUUCAGGGAGCAGGAAUUCAACGCCUCCGGUCGGCCGCCCCUCCUCCACCCCGACACCCCCACAGCAGCAGCAGCCGAGCAGCAGCCAGACUCCAGAGCAGCCGCAGUCGCAGCCUCCUCUGCCGCAGCAGGCCCAUCCUGGGGGCUACGCGCUGGAGCCCCUGCAGCCGCCGCAGCCACUACAGCCACAGCAGCCGCCAACCACUGCGGCUGCAGACACCAAACCAGGGCCAGAUGAUACGCCAAAACUAGAGCCAGUAGUCCAGAAGUCUUCCUCGCCCGGGUUUGUGCAGCCUGAAGCACCCGUAGAGAGACUCGAGGCCAAAGCUCCUGCAACUGAGCCCUCUUCUACCGUCGAACCAGAGCUUCCCUCCCCUGCUUUGAUGAGUGCCCCCGUCACUCUCUCUCUUUCAGUGGCCAACAACAGCGAGCGUGCCCCCGCCAAGGAAUCCACUGCAUCAGCCUCUUCUCCCUCCCCCUCGAUGGGGGAGCACAAGCCACCUCAGUCUCCCAACACAGACAAGCCUCUCUCCGACGCCCUACGGACUCCGGCGGCCUCGCCAGCGCCGGCCCCCAAGGCUCUGAACGGCCUUGCAGACUCCGGUGCCGAGCUGGACGCACCGGCCCGUGAGCCUUCUGUCCUGCCUUCAGCUGCACCCCAACCCUCGGCCCCCGCUUACAGAGAGGCCCCUUCCUCCGACGCUGUGCCCUCUGACGUGAGGCCAGAGGCGCCCGUUGCUGCUGCGCUCGCCCCAAUGGCCCCUGUGGCUGUGGUGCCAGUCACCCUGAACUCAAGCCCAGCCCCAGCUUUGCCAGUUUCGCUGCCCCCCGGCCUUCCGCCUCUAGUGCAGGCCACAACAGAGGCGGAUCAGCCAAGCAAGAGUGUAGACACUAAAGACCUCGUCCCCAGAGCAGGGACGGAAGCACACGGAGGUAUUACGGACAGCAACACAGAGUCCCAGCAACAAGCGCUCAGCAGGAAGAGUCCCACUACAGUAAAUCAGACUGCUUCUGCUAUACCAAAGACCUGGAGGAAACCAAAUGAAGGGAUCUCUGCUGUAGACGCACCCCAGAAGGAGGAAGAGGACGAGCCCCGGCCGGUGGAGCAUCCUGCUGCGGAGCAGGUCCUGCUCUCGGCCCCUCUGAGCUGCAGCCCGGUGCCCCUUCCAGCAGUCCUCACCUCCACCCUUGCUCCAGCUCCUGCCAGCAGCCCUGAGGCUGACGAGAAGCCCGCCGCCCCCGAGGAGAAUGGUGAGGCCGACAUGGAGCCCAUGAGGAACGGGGCGGGUCACACCUCGGAGACGGAGAGCAGCGACGGUGGAGCCACCCCCGCUGACAAGGAGAACUCCACAGGGGCCCUACAGGACAUAGAAGACCUCGCAGAGUCCAGUGGGAAGCGUCAGUAUAACAGGGACUUCCUGUUGGGCUUCCAGUUCAUGCCUGCCUGCAUACAAAAGCCUGAGGGUCUCCCACCCAUCAGCGACGUGGUGCUGGACAAGAUUAACCAAAACAAGUUGCCCUCCAGAGCGGUGGAAUCCAGGGUGAUUUCCAGAGGACCCGAUUUCACACCUGCCUUUGCAGAUUUUGGCCGGCAGAUGACCGGAGGACGAGGCGCUGCACCUAUGAGCGUUGGGGCCCGGCGGCCUCCACCAAGGAAGAUCAUCAUGCACGUGCCGGUUAAUGAUGAAAUUCAGCUGAAAAAAUCCGAGAACGCAUGGAAGCCUGGCAUGAAGAGGCCAGAAGCCGUUGUAGAUGAUCCUGAGGUGCAAAACACACAGGAGCUCUUCAAGAAGGUCCGCAGCAUCCUGAACAAGCUGACGCCACAGAAGUUCAACCAGCUGAUGAAGCAGGUGACGGACCUGACCAUCGACACAGAGGAGCGACUGAAAGGAGUCAUCGACCUGGUGUUUGAGAAGGCCAUCGACGAGCCCAGCUUCUCCGUGGCCUACGGCAACAUGUGCCGCUGCCUCGCCACGCUCAAGGUGCCCAUGACGGACAAACCUAACACCACAGUGAACUUCCGCAAGCUGCUGCUAAACCGCUGCCAGAAGGAGUUUGAGAAAGACAAGGUGGACGACGUGGUGUUCGAGAGGAAGCAGAAAGAGCUGGACUCUGCUGCAUCGACGACAGAGCGCGAGCGGCUGCAGGAGGAGCUGGAGGAAGCCAAGGACAAGGCCCGGAGGCGCUCCAUCGGCAACAUCCGCUUCAUCGGGGAGCUCUUCAAGCUCAAGAUGUUGACGGAGGCCAUCAUGCACGACUGUGUUGUCAAGCUGCUGAAGAACCACGACGAGGAGUCUUUGGAGUGUCUCUGCAGGUUGCUCACCACCAUCGGGAAGGACCUGGACUUUGAGAAGGCCAAGUUCCAGUGUAUUCUUGAGCAGCGAAGCCUCCGCUCCGAGUUACAAGCUGACCAAUCGCCUCGCAUGGAUCAGUAUUUCAACCAGAUGGAAAAAAUCGUCAAGGAGAGGAAGACGUCAUCUCGGAUACGGUUUAUGUUACAGGACAUUAUAGACCUGAGAUUGCACAACUGGGUGUCCAGGAGAGCCGACCAGGGCCCCAAAACCAUCGAGCAGAUCCACAAAGAGGCAAAGAUCGAGGAGCAGGAGGAGCAGAGGAAAGUGCAGCAGCAGCUUCUCUCCAAGGACACCAAGAGACGGACAGAUCCAAGAGAUCAGAGAGAGCAGAGAGAGCAGCGGGAUCCCCGCGUGCCGAGGGAAGAGACCUGGAACACUGUGCCCAUGACCAAGAACAGCAGGACCAUCGACCCCACCAAGAUCCCAAAGAUCUCCAAGCCUCAGAUGGAUGAAAAGAUCCAGCUCGGCCCCCGGGCUCAAGUCACGUGGGUGAAGGGCAGCAGUGGAGGAGCCAAGGCCAGUGACUCAGAACUAUCACGGACGGCUGGCCUCAAUCGUUACUCUGCGCUGCAGUCCACUCCUUCCCCUCAACCCUCCACCACUCCUCCACAGAACACAGACUUUGAAUCCAGGAAAACUCUGGGAAGCAGUCGCAGCAGUGUGGGGAGAGACCGCGGUGAGAAGCCCCUGAUCUCCACCCCUCCACCGUCACGGCCUGGACCCUUCAGCAGGGGAGGCAGUUCCAAGGAGCUGAUGGAGAGUCCAACCCCAGAGGAGCCGCGGAGAGAGCGGGAGAGAGAGGGAGCCGAGCCCCGGAGACCAAGCAUCACCGAGGACAAAACGGAGCCGGAGCGCAGCCGAGUCAGAGAGCCUGUGAAAGCUGAGCCAGUGGUCCUGACUCCGGACCGACCUGCUCUCUCUGAGGAGGAGAUCGAGAGGAAGUCCAAGGCCAUCAUCGACGAGUUCCUGCACAUAAACGACUACAAGGAGGCUGUGCAGUGUGUGGACGAGCUGGACCUGAGCUCCCAGCUGCAUGUGUUUGUGCGCGUCGGGGUGGAGUCCACGCUGGAGCGCAGUCAGAUAACCCGGGACCACAUGGGCCAGCUCCUCUUCCUCUUGCUGCAGCGCGGCACCCUGCCCAGAGCCCAGUUCCUCAAAGGGUUUGCGGACAUGCUGGAGCAGGCGGACGACAUGGCCAUCGACAUUCCCCACAUCUGGCUGUACCUGGCCGAGCUGCUCAGCCCAGUGCUGAAGGAGGGGGGCUUCUCUAUGAGAGAGCUCUUUAGUGAAUUAAGCAAACCUUUGCUUCCUGUGGGAAGAGCUGGGAUCUUAAUUUCUGAAAUACUGCACAUACUAUGCAAACAAAUGAGCCAUAGGACUGUGGGUUCUUUGUGGAGGGAAUCUGGCCUCAACUGGACCGACUUCCUGCCAGAGGGGGAGGACGUCCAGGCUUUCAUCUCACAACAGAAACUCCAGUUUGUUCUGUCGGAUGGCUCCAGUCUGGAGACGGCUCUGUCUGGAAGGAUCUACUCUCCUGAGGAGCUGAGUCAGCAACUGGAGAGACUCCUUCUGGAGGACAUGGCCAGUGACGAGCAGAUCUUUGACUGGGUAGAGGCAAACCUAGAUGACUCUCAGAUGAGCUCAUCUCCCUUCCUGAGGGCUCUGAUGACAGCUGUGUGUAAGGCAGCAGUGAAAGAUGAUAACACCAACUGUCGAGUGGACACGGCCAUCAUCCAGAGGAGAUUGCCUGUAUUACUCAAGUACCUUAACUCAGACACUGAGCGACAGCUGCAAGCACUUUAUGCACUUCAGAUGCUGAUCGUCGCCCUCGAUCAGCCUCCAAACCUUCUCCGGAUGUUCUUUGACUGUCUGUAUGACGAGGACGUGAUCUCGGAGGACGCUUUCUACAAGUGGGAGACGAGCAAAGACCCUGCUGAGCAGCAGGGGAAGGGAGUGGCCCUGAAGUCUGUUACGGCCUUCUUCACCUGGCUGCGGGAAGCAGAGGAGGAGUCGGAAGAUAAUUGACGAGGGACCUAACCGGGGGGGGGGGGGGUGGUUUAGGGCGUAGAAGAACUGCAUACUUACAGCAGAACAAACAAACUUUCAAAAUGGGUGUAUGGGCAGGACGACAUGUUUCACGGCUGGAAUUUUUUUCUGCGGUACGGUUCUGAAACAUGCCGCCAUUUUGAGUUUGGAUUCCAAUGGCGGAAGCACUAAAUACCUGUAUUAUACAUAGAAAAUAUUUUUGUUUUAAAUUUUAACUUACGUUUGUUUUGUUACUUUUUAAGAAAAGACUUAAAAGAUACAUAGGUUCCGGACUCUUUAAUUUAUUAUUUUUUUAAGGACUGCAAAUACGAAAGUUAUUUAACAUUUGCAGAUGCUCACAAAUGAGAACAACAACAGAAAUAACGAUAUAAUUAAUUAUAAUAACAAAAUAAUAAUUGUGAAAUAAAUAGCCUCCCUGGAUUCCGCACUGUUUGGUUUAAAACAGGGUCAACAAAAUUAUUUUGGGAUGAAGGGGAAGCGGAGAUAAACAAGGAGUGGAUGCACAGAAACUAUUAACGUUGUCCGUGUUUGACGUUUCCAGGUCAAAAGUCUUCUCCUAACAAGCAGAAAGUGUUUCCCUCAGCCUUGGCUUGCUCUACGUUGAUAUGUACAUACGCCUCAUGAGAGGUUUGAGGUAUGCAUUCAGGAAGCGAUGCAAGUCUGUCCACAGAACUGUCAAAACAAACGCAGAUGAACAAACCAGAUACAUUCAAAUGAAUCGAGCAAAAAAUGCAACAUUAAAAGCAAAUGGCCAGGGUCGCUCAACGUGAAAUGCUUGUAAUACUUCAAACUACAGAGCAGAUAAAAACUUGUAAAUACAUUAAAGACAAAAAAGGUAUUUAAAAGUU